AUGCCCGACAACGUCGCCAACGACCCGAUGAAAACCUUCGAAAUCAUCCUCCGCAUGCAUGUCAGAUCGGAUAACGUCGCCGUCCACCGCUCUCUUCAUCUCCUCGAAGUGAAUACAGACCACCGCACAUUCCAAGACCUCAUAGACCUCGCUGCGGAGAGUAAACAUGAAGAAGCUUUCGAGAAGAUGAAGCCAUAUAUUUCCAACGAGAAAAAGGAUCCGGAGUCCAAGUGGCAGAAGGCAAAUCAAGGCGGCGGGAAAAAAAGCAAGGAAGGAGUGACAGAAGAUUCGUAG